AUGUCCAACGACAAGACCAUUUUCAAGGCCACCUACUCGGGCGUGCCCGUGUACGAGUGCAUCAUCAACAGCGUCGCAGUCAUGCGACGCCGCUCCGACAGCUGGCUCAACGCGACCCAGAUCCUCAAGGUCGUCGGCCUCGACAAGCCACAGCGCACCCGCGUCCUCGAACGAGAGGUCCAAAAGGGCACCCACGAAAAGAUCCAGGGCGGCUACGGAAAGUAUCAGGGCACUUGGAUCCCGCUCGAGUCGGCCAUCGAGCUCGCCGAAAAGUACAAGAUCGAGGGCCUCCUCCACCCCAUCACCUCCUACGUCCCCUCGGCAGAAUCACCUCCGCCCGCUCCCAAGCACACCAUCUCGGCCGCCGGACGCGCAAAGAAGGCCGCUGCUGCCGAUGCCGCCGCCCUCGGCCGCUCCAGGCGCGCCACCAGCCUCGAGACUGACUCCGAGAUUGCCUCGGCCGCAAAGGUCGACGUGUCCGAGGGAAGCAUCAGCCCUCCCCCGAGCGACAUCAGCAGCUCCUCGCGCACCCCGAGCCCCAUCGCCGCGGACCGCAUCGCCAGCCUGUACAGCGCCAACGGCUACAGCGCCAGGGAGACGAGCAUGCAGGCGCGCUACGCCGACAUGAUCCUCGACUACUUUGUCACCGAAAACACCACGGUGCCCUCGCUCCUCAUCAACCCGCCCGCCGACUUUGACGCAAACAUGAGCAUCGACGACGACGAGCACACGGCGCUCCACUGGGCCUGCGCCAUGGGCAGGAUCCGCGUCGUCAAGCUCCUCCUCUCGGCCGGCGCAGACAUCUUCCGCGUAAACACCAACGGCCAGACGGCCCUGAUGCGAGCCACCAUGUUCUCCAACAACUACGACCUGCGCAAGUUCCCCGAGCUCUUUGAGCUGCUGCACCGCAGCAUCCUCAACAUCGACCGCAACGACCGCACCGUCUUCCACCACGUCGUCGACCUCGCCCUCAGCCGAGGCAAGCCGCACGCCAGCCGAUACUACAUGGAGACGAUGAUCAACCGGCUGGCCGACUACGGCGACCAGCUGGCCGACAUCCUCAACUUCCAGGACGACGAGGGCGAGACGCCCCUGACCAUGGCGGCGCGCGCGCGCUCAAAGAGGCUCGUCCGCCUCAUCCUCGAGCACGGCGGCGAUCCAAAGAUCCGCAACAAGGAAGGCAAAAACGCCGAGGACUACAUCGUCGAGGACGAGCGGUUUCGAUCCAGCCCAUCCCGGAUCGGCCCAGCGGGCGUAGAGAUCGGCGCCGACGGCCUGCCCGCCGUCGCCACGUCGGCCAUGCACACGUCCGAGGCGGGCCAGCGGACGGCGGGGAGGACCAUCACGCUGAUGAGCACGCUGCUCCACAGCCUCGCCGACAGCUACGACAGCGAGGUGGGCGCCGCCGACCGCAGGCUGACCCAGGCCCACGGCCUGCUCAAGCAAAUACAGAACGAGAUUGAGGAGAGCGCGCGCGUCGCCGAGGGCCUCAACGACGAGGCCAAGGGCGUCGAGGCGGAGCGCAAGACGGUCGAGCAGCUCGAGGGGGCGCUCAAGGCCGGGCUCGGAAAGAGGAACCGCGAGCUGAUGGAGGCCGACUGGCAGCAGGGCAGGGAGGCCAUCAAAAAGGCCAGGACCGAGACGGGCACCGCCGACGGCAAGCUGGUCGAGAGCAGCUUGUCCAACGUGGCCAGCACCGCCGCUGCCGAAGAGCAGGACCCCAAGAAGCUGAUCGCGGGCCUGGCCAAGGGCAAGGACAUCAAGUCUGCCAUUGCCGAGCUCAAGCACCAGCUGGCCGAGGUCCGGGCGAAACGGAGCGACCUGGUCGACACGUUUGUCGCCCGGGCACGCGAGCAGGGGACGGGAAGGACCAUGGCGGCGUACCGCAGGCUGAUCGCCGCGGGCUGCGGUGGCAUCGCGCCGGACGAGGUGGACGCGGUGGUCGGCGUUCUCUGCGAACUGCUCCAGGAGGGUCAGGGCGGUGCUGCCGCCGGUGCCGGUGCCGGUGCCGGUGCCGAAUGUCAUGCACGGAACGACGCUGCUCUCAUCUCGACGCUGCACCCGGCACCGGGUCUCCUGCCCUUUGCUCGACGAGAAUCAGGCGAUACCGAGGGACGGGCCAUGCCUUCCGUGCGUACCGAGCGAGAUCGAUCCGAAUUGCGAUGA